CGCAUCACGCAGACGCCCGGGUGUCGUCAUCAGCAACAACAAACCCACCUGCGUUACCGGACAGCUGCUCGCUGCUCGCUGCUGCUGCUGCUCUCAGGCAGUCUGCUGGCACAUAGCGUGAAUAAACGCGUGUUUGAUGUUAGCCGUCGGGGUGCUCGCGGUCCACCUUGUAUCGGGGUCGCUUCGGGUCGUUCCUCCUCUCGCUGCAUCGACGUUAGCUUAGCCGGCUAGCGGCGCCGUAGCAUGCGCGCGGACGGAAGGGGGCAGUUCUCCUUUCGGUUUCUGACCCAGUGGAGGAUAAAUCCUCGCGGACCUUCCGGAGAAAGGACUUUCCGCAAACGAAACAGAGACGCGCCAUGGAGCCGUGCGCGGCCGUGGGCUGUGUGAACAUGGGCAGUCUGACCAGCACCUUGCCGGUGAUCCCCUACCAGAAGCUGACGGACCUGUACUACCUGAGCAGAGGGGGCUUCGGCACCGUGUUCAAGGCGCAGCACUCGGACUGGAGGACCACUGUGGCCAUCAAGUGCCUCAAACUCGACUGUCCGGUUGGAGAAAGAGAGAGGAACUUCCUGCUCAAGGAGGCCGAGGUGCUCCACAAAGCCAGGUUCAACUACAUAAUCCAGAUCUUUGGCAUCUGCAAUGAGCCAGAGUUCUUCUGCAUAGUCACCGAGUUCAUGAGCAACGGCUCUUUGGACCUGUUGCUCCACGAGAAGGACCUGUACCCGGGACUCGCCUGGCCUUUGCGAUUGAGGAUCCUCUAUGAGAUUGCCUUAGGGGUUAACUUCCUUCACAACAUGAACCCACCACUCUUGCAUCAUGACCUAAAGACGCAGAACAUACUGUUGGAUGGAGAAUUUCAUGUGAAGAUUGCUGACUUUGGUCUUUCAAAGUGGCGACAGCUGUCCGUCAGUAAAGGCUCUGGGUCCAAGCCCACAGAGAUGGGGGGCACGGUGAUCUAUAUGCCCCCUGAGAAGUACGAACCGUCCAAGAACCGCCGGGCCGAUGUGAAGCACGACAUGUACAGCUAUGCCAUCAUCAUGUGGGAAGUGCUGUCCAGGCAGAUUCCAUUUGAGGAGGUGACCAACCCGAUGCAGAUCAUGUUCAGUGUGCUACGUGGGCUUCGCCCCGACACGAGUCUUGAGAGUCUGCCUCUGGACAUCCCCAGCAGAGAAACCCUCAUCUGCUUAAUGACCUGCGGCUGGACAACUAACCCCGAUGAACGACCUUCCUUCCUCAAGUGUCUGAUUGAACUAGAGCCCAUGGUGAGGAAGUUUGACGAAAUUGACUUUCUGGAGGCCGUGUUGGAGAUCAAGAGGUCAAAGAAGAUGCAGAGAUCCGGCUGCUGCUCAGCCCCGUCAGUGAGUGAGGGGAGGAGUGAGGAUGGAUCCCUAAACAUGCUGAAGGACAGGCGCAGCCCCUGGCCGGAGAGCUCCGGCUCAGGUUCCUGUUCCUCCCAGGACACGGAUAUAUCUCUACCAGACGCCCUCAACAGCAGCAAUGCUGCACCUUCCAAUGCGGGGCUUCCGUCGUCCUUUUUAUCUCCCACACUGGAGCCUCCUGAGUCUCUAAAGGACGACUGUAAAGUCAUCAAUGUGAUUGACAACAUGAAUGAUUUGAACAUCAAGCCAGGCCUGCCCGUCACUGAAUUUGAGACGCAACAGAACAACCUCCAGCUCAAGCCUCCGCAUCCGCCUCAGCUACAGGCUGAAUACUCUCUUCCAUUGCGGCACUCCCCUCCUUCACAAGGCCCCAUCGCCCAGUGGAUCGCUAUGCGCCGCGAGGAGAUCGUCUCCCAGAUGACGGAGGCCUGUCUGAACCAGUGCCUGGACGCCCUGCUGGCCCAUGACAUGCUGAUGCGGGAGGAUUACGAACUAGUGGUGACCCAGACCACACGCACCGCCAAGGUCCGACAGCUCCUGGACAACUGUCAUCGGCGCUGUGAAGACUUCUGCCGCAUUGUCGUCCGGAAGCUGUGCGACAACAAGCAGAUGGGCCUGCAGCCGUACCCGCCGGAAAUUGGGCCCCCCACCCUCGUCCCCUCCGCACCCCCGCUGUCCAUGUCCUACAACAUCCCCAGGAACGCGUAGCAACAGUCACGGGCAAACCCUGCAAACAAUCCGGGUUAUAGACUGUGGUCAUUUAACACCACACGUAAGUAGCUCUGACUGUUACUGCUUUCCGUAAGGUGUGUCACCAGGUUACUUACCCUCACGAACUGAGGGCCGGCUGAGCCAAAAGAGGCCCAGGUACACUCAGCCGAGAUCAAGUGUUUUAAGUUAUUCUUUUGUGUGUGUUUGUAUGUGUGACCUUAUUUAUAUAAUUCAACCUAACAAUCUGUUGAUCUAAGUGACAAAAGUGGAAAACCUUCAGCAAAAAUAACAUUUAUUCAUAUAUAAGCAAUCCUCAUGGUGAGCUAUCGUAAUGAUGUUUACCAGCUGAGCCAAGUCAGUGAAGAUGUGGCCCCGAGUGUGUUUGCAUUGGAUCACAUGAUCUACAUUCAAUAGGGGGGUGAAACGCAAGGAUGACUUCCGUAAUAGCUUCCUAACUUCACCAAUAGCGAACGUUGCGUGUGCUCGUGGAAGUGUUGGACUGAGUCAUGGGUGACCGGCCAUUUGACCUUUUUUAUAGAAAGUUUUGUCACUGCUUUUUUCCUUCCUCUUUGUGUUCAGUGCUGAGCUGAGCGAUUCCCUGAGAUGUGUAAAGAGGAAGUUAAGAAAUCAAUGUGAGACGUUAGAUGUGAGCUCCGCAGUCAGUGAAUCGGCAACAAAUGAAGCUGCUUUUUGCCUGGUGCCACCUUCGCUGCCGUUAGACCCAACUCUCUGGAAUUUAAGUUUACCAAGAAAAAUAAAAUGAAUCACAGGCCAAACAACAAUAAUGAAUGGAUAGGUAUUAUGCAGUUUUUGGGUUUUUUUUGCAGAACAUCUGAGAACACAUACAAUUAUUUUCUGGCAAUAUAAACAUAACAUUAGAAAACAUUUAUUGGUGUUCCACAUAAAUGCCUCUGGUGCUCUUGAGUUUAAUUUAAAUAGAAUCAGUGCUUUUAAACAUGUAAAAUAAGCCACACACAUAUUACAAUAUUUGUAAAUCUGGCCAAAUAUUGAUUUCUUUGUGACCCAAGUGCCCACUUUGAAGAUUAUAAUUCUAGUAGAAAUACUAGAUAUUCAAUUUAUUAGAAAUAUACCGAAGUCAAGUGCAGUCACUGCUCAACUUUUCUCCAGCAGCUGUGUUUCCCAAUCGUACCAAAACAACAGUGACACAUCUGUGUGUAAUUAUUUAUAUUUCUUAAUCCUGUUAAUUGCACAUUUAACCUUGUAGUUUUUCUGCAUUCUACAUAAUACUGAGUAUUAUAGUUUUGUCGUUACUUCACUUAUACACAUUGUAUAUAUAUGUGUUCUUUGUUCCAGAGAGAAAUAAAUAACUUGUUUUUCCAUGACACAGCUUUAACUUUCAGUCUUCCAAAUUAGCAUAUUUUUAUGGGUUGAUUUAUUUAAUAACAUAUUUGAAAUCCUAAACGUUUGUUACAAACUCAUUAUUACAUGUCAUUUUAACUCGUAUCUAAAGAUUCAGCUGGAUGUUGUGUGCAUGUAUUCCUUCCAUUAGGGCCUUACUUCACUUAACUACAACGGUAUGAUCAUUGUAGACGUGUUACAUUGGACACAGUCUGUACAGCCUCGUGUUCAACUGAGCUGGGAGACAUGUUUUUGUUUUUUUAUCCCCAUUAUAGUACUAAGAAAUCACACCCAAUUAUAUGGUAUAAUUUAAAUGAUAACAGCAAGGUCGGUGGGUUUGCAUAGUGCUCGGCUUGUAUUUGCCUUGUGUUUGAUAGCUGUGCCUCAUAUUCUGCUUUCGGCCUCCACUAUAAAGAAACACGCAACCGCCAUUUACACAUCAAGAAACGCUGAGUGGAAAUACGAGUUUGAUGUAAAACAUGUUGUACAAGAGGGUAGUCUCAUCUCUUUUAUCAAGUUUUUCUUUGUGAUCAGUUGUUUAAACGUCAUGCAUCAGGGUUUUUUGUCAAGUGAUGAUUUGUAAUUCGUAGAAUCGCCUUCUGUUAAAUAAUUCUUAUAAUUGUCACCAUCAGAUCCACAAGUUGUUACAGAAUAGGAUUUUUCUUACAUUGUAUCAAACUAUUCAUUAAAAUGGAUACUUUUUUA